AUGGAUUUCCAAAAUGUGAAUCCUCUGAAUGUUCGAUUAAACAUGGUAUCAGGUAACUUGUUACCAAUGACCGCUGAUAAUUCGUCGUUUCCAAUAUUUUGGAAAAUAUACAGCAUUUUGAUAUGGUUACUCGAAAUACUUCAAACAUGUGUGUUAAUUCCUGGGUGUUUUUUUGUGCCGAAAGAGAAAGCUCUGAAAGAUGGUGUAAUCGGUAUUGUGGUUGGCAUGGAAGUUAUUUGUACAAUUAUACGAAUUUACUCAUGUAGAGGACAAGUGCAACAGUUAAUUAAAAAAUUGAAUGAUGUUCUAACCGUAGAGGAUGAGAUAAUGAGGAGUACAGUGAUAGAAACUAUAAAAUCGAUGGAGAGUCCUCUUAAAUUUUACUGGUCGGCAGGUGUGAUAUCCACAAUAGCAUGGAGUAGUGAACCGUUUAUGUUGGCCUUUCAAAGAAAUUCCUUUUUUUAUGUAGAUUAUAAGAUGCCAGUUGUCUAUGGCAAAGAGCCAUUCACGACUAGUAUGUUUGUAUUUGGAAGUGUUAUUGUGAUGAUGAGCGGCGUGUAUAUUUUUACAAAAAAAGUUGCUGCAGAUAGUUAUAUAAUAAAUAUGCUGCUGCUGAUAACGGCACAAUAUAAAUACAUUGCAUUAAAACUAUCGAUGAUAUUUCAAGAUAAAUUGCUUCAGAAUGAUCACAGUAAGUCUGACACAGAUAAAUGUAAUCUCAAUAGAGAUGAUUACGCAGAAAAAGAAAUAAAAAUUUUAUGUCGGCAUCAUAAUACAGUGAUCCAGUAA